UGUUGGCAAAACGAUGCGAGAAAACUCUUAUUUUCUAUCAGAAAAUCUCACCUUCUUCCUACCUUUUGCUUCCACUUCUGCUGUCUCUUGUAUGUAGAUUUGCGUGGGAGUGCGUGAAGAUGUCUAGUGAGACGGGAGAUAGUUCGUCGGAGCUCAACAGUCUCCAGGAAAACUUGUCGGCGCAGCAGGCGAAAAUUGCUGCACUGAAGGAGUUGGUGAGGCAAUCGGAGGUGGCCCAAGGCAAAAAGGCAGCUCACGCGAAGGAGAAAGUGAAAAACAUUGCUCAACGUCUGUCCCACCUGAAGUCCAAAGCAACAAAUACGAGUCAAGCUCUCGACUGCCCAAUGAUCGAGGAGAGCCAAGAGGUGGUGAGUACGCGUCCGCAGUCGCGCUCCGAGACGCCGGGCAGCGAGAAGAUUCAGCUGCUGCGACGGCAGAUGGAGGAGAAUCGGCAGCGGAUGGCGGAGCGCGAGAGCAGCAAGCGAGACAUCGAGGAGAUGGUGACGCAGCUGAAGGCGAAAUUCGACACGACCCAGCAAUCGCUGGAGAGAAGCACGGAAUUGGGCAGAUCCAUGGGGGAUCUGUCCAUAUUGGCGCCAACACCCAGUCGACCGGACACUCCGGCACAUUCGGUCGAGGCGGAAUUGCGCCGGAAGAUCCGGAGCCUCGAGACGGAGGUGGAGAAGUACAGGGAGAAUGCCACGCACACGAGUUGCAAUCACACGGGCGAGAUUCAGCAGCUGCAGCACAGGAUUCUGGAUCUGGAGGAGAAUCUGCGCGAGAAGGAGAGCGUGAUUGACGCCAGGACGCAGGCGGUGACGCUGAUGAGUGAGAGUCUGUCGCAGAAGACGCAUUCCACGGUGAACAUGCUGGAGGACACGAAACAGGAGAUGUUCAAGAUGCAGGAGGCUUUCGUGGAGAAGGAGAAUCAGUUGAAUGGGGAAAUUGCCGAAUUGCGGAGUCAGCUGGAGGAGAAAGUCGCAGAGGUUGCCAAUCUACAGGAGGUGACCGACAUUCUGGAGACCACAAGAUAUGAUUUGACCGUGAAAAAUGCGGAAUUGUCUGCAGAGGGUGAAAAUGUAACGAAUUUACAGGCGAAAAUUAAGCAGAUGGAGGAGGAAAUUGAGCGAUUGCACGCUCUUUUGCCUAGUGAUGACAGUGGUCAGUCGUCUGAGGAGUUUCUGGCCAAAUUUCGUGCCAAUGAGGAGAAGAUCCACCAGCUGGAGGAGUCACUGAUGCAGAAAACCGUCGAAUGCAAUGUCCUGGCGGCAAACUUCUCAGUGCUGCAGGAGAAGGUAAAGGCAACGGGGCCUAAACCUCUCUUCGCCAGCGACAAAGGCGAAGCAGAGGAUCAAGAGGCGGCGAAACUCAAAGCUCAGCUUGAUGAGGCAAACAAGAGUCAGAUAAAAAUGAAGCUGAAGAUGAAGCAAUUGCAGAAGCAAGUUGAGGGUUUCAAGAAGAUGUCAGAUGUUCAUCAGAAGGUGCUGCAGUUGUCUGAGGAGAAUGAGCGUCUCAAGGAGAAUGUCAGCCAAGCUGGCGAGGGACAAUCACUGGCGUUGGACGAUGCUGAGGCUUCUAAGAAGUUGAAGACAUUGGAGACGACUUGCCAAAAUCAAGUGGCGGCUAUUCAGCUGCUCGAGGAGCAGAAGAUCGAUCUGGUGGACCAAAUGGGAAAAGUUAGGGAUGAGCUGGAUGCUUUGAAGACGGCUCCGGUGAGGACAGAGCCCGCCAUGGGCAUCAGUGUGUCCUCCCAGAUCAACAGCAUCGAGCUGGAGGAGACAAUAGAGCAGUAUGCGGCGGAUAAGGAGUCGCUCGUGCGCGAAGUUGAGAGCUUAAUUGAGAAGAAUGAGGAGUUGAGGGCGAAAAUGGGGAAGCUGGACGAGGAGAAGCAGGAGCUGGUUGUGAAGCUGGAGCAGUUGAAUGUGGAGAAGCAGGAAUUGCUGGAGAAGAUCGACAAGUUGAGUAUUAAGAAUGUGAGUUCAGUGGAGUCGCUGGAGAUUGUGGAGAACCUCACGCAGCAGGAGCAACUGGAGAUGGAGCAGCAAGAGACGGGAUUGAUUGGUGAGGAGUUGAGUGACAGUCUGAUGAAGUUGAGGGAGGAGAGUUCGGAGUUGAUGAAUAAGAUUGAGAUGUUCACGAGUGAGCGCCAGGAAAUGCAUCAGCAAUACGUUGAGAAGAUUGAUGAGCUGGAGAAGCAGCUGAAGGAGGCGGAAUCUGAGCGUGAUGCGUUGCGUGAGAAGACAGCGGAACUGGAGAAUUUCUUGAAGACUUCGCAGUUAAGUGUGGAGAAUGUGGAGAAUCAGCUUCAGCUGCUGCGAUCGGAGUUCAAUGGAAAGUUGGAUGAAAAUCAUAAUCUGUCUGUGGAGAAUGGCGGUCUCAGAGAGAAAUUGGCCAAGCUGGAGAACAUGUUGGGCACGCUCGAGGAGCAAGGCUCCGACGGGACUGACAAGACGGACAGAAUAGCAUUCCUGGAGAUGGAAGUGUCUCUGAAGAAUGACACAAUUGACACUGUCAACCGCCAAAUUAUGGAUCUCUAUGCGUCCUUGGAGGAGAAGAAUUCGCAGAUUUUGGACAAAGAUGACGAAAUAACUUACUUGAGGGAUUUGCAGAAGACCACUGCGGAUCAGCUGCAUCAGAGUACGCAUGGCAGUGAUCAGUUGAAGAGAUUGAUUGACCAACUGAGGAGGCAGUUGGGUGAGGUGGAGCAGAACAAUGCGCGGGUGGCGAAUGCGACGGAUGACGUGAAGAUUGGGCUGGAGAAGAGGAUUCAGGAGCUCGAGGAUAAGCUGAUGGAUUCGGAGGUGAAGAGGCGUGAGCAGUUGGAGAAGCUGAAGAAGUUUGCGGCCAAUCUGAAGAAGAAGACGCAACAGUGCACAGAUCUGGAGGCUGAGGUGAUCAAGAGGAGUGAGGAAACCGAUGCUGUGAGGAAGGAUUACGAGGAGUGUGCGCAGAAGUUGGCGGACGCGAAUGGUGAGAAGGAGAAUUUGAAAGUGAUGCUCGAGAAUUUGUCUGUGGACAUUGAGCGGAUGCGUCAAGUUCAUCAGAGUCAGGAUGUCGAUCUGUCCAGACAGAUUCAGUCGCUGCAGAAUGAAGUGGUGGCCAGAGAGAAGAUGAUUCAGGAGCUUCAUGGAAGUCUUGCUCAGCCUCAUGAGGUGGAAAAAUGGGAGAACAUUGCCAAGGAGAAGGAGAAUAUGGUGCUAAUGCUUCAAGCAGAGAUUGAAAGUCUUCGCCAAUCGUGUCAAAAUAUCGAUUCCUUGAAGGAGGAGAUUGAGAAGUUGAAGAAGGUGUUGGAGGAAACGCACAUGACUUACCAGGAACAUGCUAAACAAGCACAGGAAGCCUUCAAUGAGGAGGAACAACGUUACCAAGAGAAAAUAAGUUCCUUGGAGGCUAAAAUAACAGAGCAUCUCAUGUACAUCGAGGACAAGGAGAGUGAAAAUGCCAGCCUGAGUCUUAGGAUUGACAAAUUGGAGGAAGGUAUCAGCUUCAUCGAGGCCCGGAGGAAUUCCCUGGAGAAGAAGAACAACAUCUUGGGCGACCAGCUCAGACAGAGUCAGGAGGAGUUCAGCGAGAAUGAGGAUAAACUUCUGCAGAGACUGGCCACGUUGUCUGCCAAUGAUGAAAUCAUUGCUGAGAAGCUGCAAAACACACACGCUGAGAAGAUGGAACUCAUGGAUGCGAUUGCGGAGUUGAAAGUCGAAAGGGCGGCGCUUGAGAAUCGCCUGCAGAUGCUGGAUCAGGAGAAGGCGGAAGCGUGCAAGAAGGCGGAGAUGCAGGAGAGUGAGUAUAACUUCCUGAGUCAACAGAUUGAGAGCCAAAAGGUGGAAAUGCGAAAAGUCCAGGAGGAUUUCGAGCGGAAGGUGCGUGAGAAAGGUCAAGAACUUGAUGAUUUGGAGGUGGAGUCCAGUAAUCAGUUGCAGAAAAUGGAGGCUGAGAAAAAGAGCCUCCAGGAAUCUCUGGAGAGAACCAAAGAUGCAAAUUCGGAACUUCAGGAUGAAAUAAUGAAUUUGAGAGAGAAUGUUAAUUCUCUGGAGCAAAUCCGAAACGAUUUGGAGCGUGAUUAUUCCUGGGCAAAGAUGCAGAAUGAAACUCUGACUCAUGAUCAGCUGGAGACGCAGGAGCUCAGGAUGCAAGUGGUGCAGGAUCAGACGGAGAUUGAGAAUUUGCGGCAGGAAAAUCAAGCGCUGAGGAUGACACAUGAGAGCGAAGUGAAUUCCUUGAAGAGUCUUCUGGAUAAAGUCAUGGUGGAGAAAGAGAAUCUGGAAGCUGAUGUGGCCACGAUGAAAACUCAAGCUGCUGCUGAACCGGAUAAAGUCAGUGUGGAAAAUCUAGAAGCUGAGGCGGGUGCGAUGAAACCUCCAGAUGCUUGUGAACUGGAUAAAGUCAGUGUGGAAAAGGAGAAUCUGGAAGCUGUUAAGACCAGAUUGAAGAAGUCUCUGGUUAUUCCUGAACCGCAGGUUCUUGAGGCUGUUAAGACGAAGAAAAAGAAGACUCCGGCCAUUCCUGAACCAGAGGUUAUUGAAAAGGAGCAGAUAGAAGUAGUGGAUGAGAUUUCCCAAAACAUUCCGUCAUUUAUUGGUGCUAAAUUCUUUGCCGAAAUCACUGGUUCCGCCGAUUUCUUCGACCAGGCGACAAUUCCUCAACCCCCGGCGGCAAACCAGAAGGAUGAUUACGAGGGCAAGGCUGCUGUUGUAGAAGAGCUUAUAAUUCCCAAGACUGCUUACCUGUGCCAUCCCAAACCCGAGGCGGCGGUGGUGGACUUGGGCGGAGGCCAGGAAGAGGAGGGAUGGGGCUGGAAUGCUGAAGAGGCCGCACUGGAGCAGGAGCAUCAGAAUCGAGCGAUGGCGCCGCCAUCUCUUCACUCGCAGUCAUCUGAUAUCUACUUGAAGAUGCAAAUAUGUGAGGACAGAAUUCGCUAUCUUGAGGAUGAGAGGGACUGUCUGAAGAACGAAAUCACGCAAUCGCGACAGAGGUCGGAGAAGAUGCUGAAGAAGUUGAAGGAGUAUCGAAGCAAGUGUGAGAAUUUGGAGAGAUCAAGUCGAUCGAGUCUGGAUUUAGAUCUGACUAUUCAGGAGGAGCUGAAGGAGCAAGUGAGGUAUUUGGAGACGACAUUGGCGGCUGAGCGGAAGCAGAUGACAACUGAAGUGGAAAUAAUGGCCAAGAAGGUGGAUCUCCUCAUAACAACCAAUGAAAAGAUGACAGACAUGAAGGAGGAUCAAGAUGCUCAGAUAGAAAUGUACAGAGAUCAGAUCAGAGAGCUCACUGUGCAUAUUCAGGUAUUGGAGAAGAAGCAGAACGAUGGCUGGAAUCGUGUGGACGAUGAGGAGGACAUGGGGGAGGUCAACAGGGAGAUGAGGGCUCUGGAAAUUCAAUUGUUGUCGAAGGAAGAGCAUAUCAAUCAGCUCACCGAACGGAUUUGCCGGAUGGAGCGCGAAGCUGAUAACUUUAUAAAGCAAAUUGAUCAAUUCCGGAUUGAAUCGUCUAAAAUCAAAGAUCUUUUGGAUAGAUUGACAACAGAGCACAUGAAAUUGAUCACGCAAAAUGCUGGGAAGUCGCCUGAAUCAGCUAAGUUGCAGGAAAUGCAUAAGCUGGUGCAGCAAUUGCAGGAGGAGAGAAAUAUUCUGACUAAAAAGCUCGGAGCCUCGGCGGAGCAGGCGCAGUCUCUGGAUGAAUUGACGGCGGAAUUGGAGGCGUUGCGACAGGAGAAGGUGGCCAGGGAAGCGGCAGCGCAGGAGACAAACAGACGUUGGCAGCAGGCUCUGGAGGAGCGUGGAAACAGUAUUGCGGAGAGUUGGAAGGCUCACUUGGCCACGGUUGAAGCGGACUUUGCUGCGCGUGAGGAAGCUUUCAGGCAACAAAUUGAACAAUUUCAGCAAACUCAGCAGACCACCAGUGUUCAGGAAGCGCAGCCGAAGGAGGAAACCCCAGAACUGGCCCCGGAACACGUGCCCGCGGGCAUAGCGGAGAUGAUGGCUAACAUGCAGAAUGCUCUGGAGAGUCAGGAGUUGGAAUUGGUGACACUGAAGGAGCAAUUGGCCAUCAGGAGUGCUGAAUACGCGGCUCUGUCGGCACAGUUGGAUCCCUUUGGGCACUCAGCCACGAGCAAUAUGGCUCUGGUGCAGCCGAAGAUCAUCAAGACGCCUCCGGCGGCAUCGGGAGAAAUUCCACCGCGAACUGAUCUGGAUAUGGCGCUCUACGCCCUUCACCAGCGGGACAUGAGGUGUGAAGAGUUGACGCUGGAGUUGACACGGCUGCUCGAGGAGAGGGACACACUCCAGCUGAAGCUGUCCAGUGCCAUCCGACAGGUUGAGGGGAUGAAGAGCGCCUCAUCGCCCGAAGGGAGUCCUGUGGCCAGCGGCGGUGCAUCGACCGACGGGGGAAGUCACUUGUCAGAGAAAAUUUCCGAGCUGCAAUCCGUAAGUCAUGCCAGAGAUAAGAGUUUCCACGAAGAGCGACAACAGAGGCACAAGCAAAUGUCGUGGUUCUGGAGUAGCAAGUAAAUCAGCGACGCAGCGGAUUUCAUGGGAAAAUGCAUUUGCGACGUGCGGACGUGGGUGAGAGGCGACAAUGUGGUAUCUUCGCGGAGAGGAGAGGAGAGCAUAAUAUACUAGUGAAUUUACAAAAUAACUACCGAUCGUACAGUGUGUGUGAGAACUGGGUUCGAAUUUUUUUUGUAUGCAGUGAGCAGAUUUUUAACUCUGUUCCGAGGGGACUUAUUUUCAAAAUACAUGUGUAGACGUCGUA